UCUAGCGUAUAAAUAGUAGCUCAAAAGGGUUUCCACAAUUUUCCCACAGCCAGCUUUGCUCGAGCUACUGCGACUGCUGCUUCCAACAGGUCAGAUUAAUUUGUAACUCAGCUUGUGGUAGUAGCAGUUUGCAAUGGCAGAUGGCCAAGAAAAUGACAAGAAUAUUGAGAUAUGGAAAAUGAAAAAGUUAAUCAAAGCCAUGGAAUCUGCAAGAGGAAACGGUACCAGUAUGAUCUCUCUUAUUAUACCUCCUGGUGAUCAGAUAUCUCGGAUAACAAGGAUGUUGGCAGAAGAAUAUGGUACUGCAUCCAAUAUUAAGAGCAGAGUAAAUCGUCAGUCCGUCCUUGGUGCAAUAACGUCUGCCCAACAGAGGCUUAAGCUGUAUAAUAAGGUACCUCCUAAUGGGUUGGUCCUUUAUACUGGAACUAUAAUGACUGACGAUGGGAAGGAAAAGAAGGUCACCUUUGACCUUACACCUUUUAAGCCAAUAAAUGCGUCUCUGUACCUAUGUGACAACAAGUUUCAUACGGAACCUCUGGGCGAGCUCUUGGAAUCAGAUGAGAAGUUUGGUUUCAUUGUCAUGGAUGGUAAUGGCACUCUUUUUGGAACCUUAAGUGGCAACACCAGGGAAGUCCUUCAUAAAUUCACUGUUGACCUUCCUAAGAAGCAUGGAAGAGGAGGUCAAUCAGCUCUGCGAUUUGCUCGUCUUCGAAUGGAGAAACGUCAUAACUAUGUGAGGAAGACAGCAGAGCUUGCUACUCAGUUCUUCAUUAAUCCAGCCACUAGUCAGCCAAAUGUAUCUGGACUAAUACUUGCUGGGUCAGCUGAUUUCAAGACAGAGCUGAGCCAGUCUGAUAUGUUUGAUCAACGCCUACAAACAAAGAUACUUAAUGUGGUUGAUGUGUCCUAUGGUGGGGAAAAUGGAUUCAAUCAGGCUAUUGAGCUAUCUGCUGAGAUUCUUGCGAAUGUGAAGUUUAUACAAGAAAAGCGCUUGAUAGGGAAAUUCUUUGAGGAGAUCAGUCAAGAUACUGGAAAGUAUGUAUUUGGUGUGGAUGACACAAUAAAAGCUCUUGAGAUGGGAGCUGUUGAAACUCUUGUUGUUUGGGAAAAUCUUGAUAUAAACCGUUAUGCGCUGAAAAAUAGUGUUACUAAUGAGAUUGUCAUUAGGCACCUAAACAAGGACCAAGAGGCUGAUCACAGCAACUUCAAGGAUCCUGACACCUCAGCUGAAUUGGAGGUCCAGGACAAAAUGCCACUAUUGGAGUGGUUUGCCAAUGAGUACAAAAACUUUGGUUGUUCACUUGAGUUUGUCACUAAUAGGUCUCAAGAGGGGUCACAGUUCUGUCGAGGAUUUGGUGGCAUUGGGGGGAUCCUUCGCUACCAGCUUGACAUGCGUUCGUUUGAUGAGCCAUCUGAUGAAGGAGAAUAUUUUGAGGAUUCUGAUUAAGCUUUAUCUCGUCUCCUUAGUCCUGACGAUGGAUAAGAGAUGCAAUUUGUUGAAAGUUUUGAGGUUACCUAGUAAUGAGUUUCCUGCUAUCAUGCUGAAUAUCAAUCACUGAGUUUUGGCUGUUGUUAAAAAUUGUUUGCUUUUCUUUUACAUGUGAAACAGGUUUCUGUGGGACUAUCUUCAAUUCGAAAGGGGACUUCUUAUUGUUUAUGAGCCUACCUACCUUAUUACUGUAUGUUUGUUAUGGCUCUCUUGAGCUAUGUUUAUUCAUAGUGGAACUUAAAUCGCUA